UGCGCGUAUUUUGAUUCCCGUCUUGUUGUUAACUAGGCUGAUAAAAAAUGGCGUCUAGGUGCAAAAUACAUUUAACAGUGGCUUAUUUGCUCAUCCUGUGUAUUCUAGCCAGUGCUCAAUCAAAACAAAUGACAACGGAAACCGUCGUGUUAAACGUUACAGCGCUCAGUGAAAUUAACCAGACUAAGUACAACGUACAGAUUAAUUUGAAUAUUGGUCUUCUGGACAAUGACAUAUUUAUUAACGGAGCUCCUCUCAAGCCUUCAGGAGUCACGAGGAUGACAUGUCCUGCUCUGCUGUUGGAUGGUUAUAAUGUGAGCUCUGGUAAUUCAGUGGAUGGCUUGGUUAGCUGUGAGCUGCGGCUGAUGGUGAAUCAGUCAUAUGUUCAGAGUGAUGCUGCAGAACAGCUUCUGUUCCUCGUCCUGAGCCAGGAAAUAAUACAGCUGGCAGAUGAGAAGGUCCAGCAGCCAGAAAUAUCAGAGGUAGAGAUCAUGUGGAAUCAGAGCUCAGAACAGAUGACACAGGUCACCAGCAUUUACCCUUCAGCAAGAAGCAAACUCUCCAUUAUUCCAAGAGAGAAUGACGUAUUGGUGACCGAUGCAUCUGUACAGAGUGCAGUUGAAGACCAAGUGCGAAACACCACCAGCCAUUAUCUGCUCAAAAACUCAGAAACCACCCAGGAGGAGAUCGCAGCUCCAGGGAAACUUCCUGAAACCCCCCUGCGGAUGGACCCGGAAACGCUGUAUGAGUCCAGAGAGGAAGAGGAAAGGCGUUCAGAUUCCUUGCUGCUUGAGCCUCCUUUAAGUGGGUCCAUGUCCUCAUACAGUGUGGCGUGUCAGUGGGUGGAAAAGUUGAGGGAUAAACUGAGGCGCUUCUUGUCAGACUCGGUGCCGCUCUUCUUCUUGGUCAUGUGGGUGGUAGUGGUUGGUGUUGCAGGCUCUGCUGUCGUCAUUAAGAUCCUGGAUCUGAUUUUCCCUUCCUGUGAACACAGGGGAUUCUUUCAUCUGAACCCAGAGACCCUGAUGCCAGAUGAUGAAAAAGUGAGCCUAAUAGACAACAUGGAGGGGGACAUGACAGAAAAGAGCAUUUUGCUGAUUGAGAAGUGAUGGAUGUGUCUUCAGUUUGGUUAUGUGGCUUUAUUUGGUCGAAACACCAAUGAGUUCAGUGUAGCAAUUUAAAAGAAACAAAAAGAAAACUCCUAAGGCAACAGAUUUCUAUUUUCACAUCUGAAUUAGCAGAUUACUUUUGUAUUCAUCACUACACUGUGCUUUGGGGAUUGUGCAUUGAGAGGUGGAAUGGUGAAAAUGCUGAAAUGUAAAGCACAAUACCUAAAAUAGCCCUGCCUUUCUCACUAAACUGCUUGAAUUAUGGAACUACUCUUGCCUGAGGAGUAAAGGGUCAUCGCUGACAAAUAAAUGGUGUGGCAUCAAUGGGAAAAUGGAAAGAACUAUCAAAAAAACUUUUAACUGACCAGUUUGAGUGGUCCAGUUGAUUUAAAUGGAUUUUUUUCUUAUAAUUUCUCACUCUGGGUCAAUUUUUAUAUGUCCUUUGUGAAACUGCCUCUGUUGCUUAAUGUGGUUUUAUGUGCUAUUCAUGUUGCAUCAGAUAUUGCUGUUACAUGAAGCAUGCGUACCAGGAAUUCAUUGCAGCUUUCACUUGUAUUAGAUGAAUAAAAUGACCUACUGUAUACGCUUUAAAAAAAUCAUUAUUGUACCUCAACAUUUGAAACAUUUCAGUUGGACGCUUACAUUUCAUUGUAGCCCAUCUUUAGAGGUUAAUGAGUUAUGUUUGUGUAAUUCUGAAGCAUUGUUUUUCUCUGGUUUGUUACACGAGUAAAUUCUGCACAAACAUG